AUGAAUUAAGAAAUUCAAGUUGAAUAAAGACUCUCAUUAUAUGAUAUUGUUAAGGAAAAAAGAGAGGAAAAGCAAGUGCCAAUUAGUAGAAUGGUUUAUGCUACUUACUUUAGUGAAAGCGCUAUUCAAAAAAUUGAUGUUGAAUAAGUUUUGACUAAAUAAGUUAUAUUAUCUUUAGAUUAUAGAUUAAAGAGUUGAGCGACACUCAAGGUUAAAUAUCUGGAUUUCUUUUAAUUCGAGGUCUUUUUAGUUUGCAUUUAGUAGAAACUUAAUCACAUGUUAUGAAUCUUUGGAUGCGUAAUCUAUAUGCUGAGUAUAGAAAAGAAAAGAACAUUUAUAGCAUGAUUAAUAUUGUAACUGUGAAUGAAGACAAUCCUACUAGAUGUUUUGAUAGGUGGUAUUGUGAAAACUUGUUUUAAACCGGUCCUCAAUUAUCAGACAUGGAUAAAACAGAAGCUUAGUGUUAAGAAAGAGUUUGGGAAUUAUAUUAAUAAGUUUGUAAUGCUGGAAUUAAACACAGUGCAAGAACUUAAAAAGAUAAAUAAUAAAAUAAAAUAGCUAAUGANGAUAUUCAAUACUAACUAAACGAUCAUACUCGUUAUACUCAAUUAUAAACCUAUACAUAAUUAAAUUAGAAAAUAUAAAACAUUCAACAAGUCGAAUACAAUUUAUAAUAAUAUUUGCAAAGGAGUAUAUCUUAUUUUCAAUUCAAUAACAUUAAUAUAUAAAAACAUUUAUCGUAUUCUGCAUAAACAUUUAUUAAUUUAAAUAACGCUAUAAAUUUUAUAUUCCAUUAUUCACAUUAUAAUAUUUUCAUUAAUUUAGCCAAAGUUUAAACAAUAGAAUGA